GUGGUCGAACCCUGCAGAUUCUAAAUGCACAGGAGGACAACGCUGGAAGAUACACCUGUAUAGCCACAAAUGAGGCUGGAGAAACUUUGAAACACUAUGAAAUGGAAGUCUACAUUCCACCCACCAUUAACAGAGGGGGUAUCUCAGGGAUGGGUCUCUCCCCUAAAGAAGUCAAGAUCAAGGUAAACCACAGCCUUACCCUGGAGUGUGAAGCUCACGCCGUUCCUGCUGCUGCCAUCAGCUGGUACAAGGAUGGACAGCCGCUUAAACCAGAUGAUCAUGUCAUGCUCCAAGUUAGUGGCCAUACUGUGCACAUUAAGGAGGCUCAGAUAUCAGACACUGGUCGUUACACUUGUCUGGCAUCCAACAUUGCUGGAGAGGAUGAAGUGGAAUUUGAUGUAAAUAUACAAGUUCCUCCUAGUUUCCAAAAGCCUUAUAAGGAAUGGGAAGACGGAAACAGGGUAGACACAGGAAGAGGUGGAGAAAGUAAAGAUGUGAUUGUCAACAAUCCCCUUUCACUGUACUGUGAGACCAAUGCUGUUCCUCCUCCAGUUCUUACGUGGUAUAAAGAUGGUUAUCCUCUGAGCUCUAGUGAUAAAGUACUAAUAUUACCAGGAGGUCGAGUGUUGCAGAUUCCACGUGCACAGGCUGAAGAUGCCGGGAGAUACAUGUGUGUGGCAGUAAACGAAGCGGGGGAGGAUUCCAUUCAUUACGAUGUCCGCGUGCUCUUACCUCCGUCCAUCAGUGGAGCUGAUGCCGAUCUGCCCGAAGAAGUGACUGUGCUUGUGACCAAGGCUGCAGUGCUGGACUGCGUUGCAAGUGGCAGCCCUUCUCCAAGUAUUACCUGGCAGAAGGAUGGCCACCUCCUAGCAGAAGAUGAGAAACACACAUUUUUGUCCAGUGGAAGGAGGUUACAGAUUUUGAAUUCCCAAAUAACAGAUACUGGCAGGUAUGUCUGCAUUGUGGAAAACAUAGCUGGAAGUGCCAAGAAGUACUUUAAUCUAAAUGUUCACAUUCCUCCAACUGUUGUUGGUACUAAUCCUGAGAAUUUGACUGUGGUGGUGAAUAAUUUCAUCUCUCUGACUUGCGAGGUCACUGGCUUUCCGCCUCCUGAUCUCAGCUGGCUCAAGAAUGGAAAACCUAUCAGUUUGAAUACCAACACUUUUAUUGUACCUGGUGCUCGGACUCUGCAGAUCCCCCGAGCCAAACUACCAGAUGAUGGUGAAUAUACUUGUAUUGCCAGAAACCAAGCUGGGGAAAGUCAGAAGAAGAGUUUUCUAACUGUCCUUGUGCCCCCAAGCAUCAAAGACCACAGUGGAAGUUCACUGACAGUGCUGAACGUGAGAGUGGGCACCCCAGUGAUCUUAGAGUGCGAAUCCAACGCUAUUCCACCACCAGUCAUCACCUGGUACAAGAACAGGCGCAUAAUUUCAGAGUCUGCAAAUGUGGAGAUCUUGGCAGAAGGGCAAACGUUACGAAUCAAGGGUGCAGAGGUUUCUGACACGGGCCAAUAUGUCUGCAAAGCCAUAAACAUUGCAGGGCGAGAUGAUAAAAAUUUCCAUCUUAAUGUUUAUGUGCCACCACAUAUAGAAGGCCCCGAACAAGAGUCGGUCAAUGAAACUAUCAGUAAUCCUGUUACCUUUGUGUGUGACGCUACUGGAAUUCCUCCACCAACAUUAGUGUGGCUUAAAAAUGGAAAACCAAUAGAAAACUCCGGUUCUCUUGAAAUUCAUAUUUUAUCUGGUGGAAGCAAGCUUCAGAUUGCUCGCUCUCAGCUUCUAGAUAGUGGGACCUACACCUGUAUUGCCUCAAAUACAGAGGGAAAAGCCCAGAAAAGUUAUGUGCUUUCUAUCCAAGUUCCUCCUAGUAUUGUUGGCUCUGAAAUGCCUAGUGAGGUCAGCGUCCUCCUGGGAGAAAGCAUCCAGCUCGUCUGCAAUGCCAAUGGAGUGCCCACGCCUGUUAUGCAGUGGCUUAGAGAUGGAAAAACAGUUGCCAGUGACGAUUUGCAAAGAACAAGAGUAACUCCAGAUGGCAGCACAUUAAACAUUUUCAGAGCUCUCAGUUCUGAUACAGGAAAAUACACUUGUGUGGCUACUAAUCCUGCAGGAGAGGAAGACCGAAUUUUCAACUUGAAUGUAUAUGUUCCUCCAACUAUAACCGACAGUAAAGAUGAACCAGAGGACCUGACUGCACUUGUGGAAACCUCCCUAAACAUUGAAUGUACCGCUACGGGAACCCCUCCACCACAGAUAAACUGGCUAAAGAACGGCCUUCCUCUCUCUGUCUCCUCCCAGAUCAGGUUGCUGUCUGCUGGGCACAUUCUCAGACUUGCCCGAGUGCAGAUAUCUGAUACUGGUGUGUACACUUGUGUAGCAUCUAACAGGGCCGGAGUGGACAACAAACAGUACAACCUUCGAGUUUUUGUACCACCCAGCUUGGAUAACGCAGGAGGAACGGAGGAUCUGACUGUAGUAAAAGGCAGUUCAGCUUUGAUGAAGUGUCUUACUGAUGGCACUCCUGCCCCCACCAUGUCCUGGUUUAAAAAUGGACAUCGUUUGAGCCUCGGACCUCACCUGACAUCAAAGCCGCCUCACAUCAACGGUUCGGAUCGACCGGAGGAGCUCUCUGUCGUCGUUAACAACCCUCUUGAACUUCUCUGCGCCUCUUCUGGCAUUCCGGUCCCCAAACUAUCAUGGAUGAAGGAUGGGCGCCCGCUUCUGCAGAGUAAUAAUGUUCAUGUCCUAAGAGAGUCCCUUCGAAUAACCAGUGCUCAGGUGGAGGACACAGGAAGAUAUACGUGUUUGGCAUCGAGCCCAGCAGGAGAUGAUGAUAAGGAAUAUUUAGUAAGAGUGCAUGUUCCUCCCAACAUUGCUGGUACCGGUGGUCCACAGGACCUUACCGUCUUGCAGAACAGACAAGUCCUACUGGAAUGCAAGUCAGAUGCUGUGCCACCUCCGACGAUCUCAUGGCUUAAAAAUGGAGAACUUCUAGAGGGGGAUCCCUUGCUCCUCCUGGAUCCUCUGAACAAUGCUAGAAGCCUUCGGUAUACUCCUGAAUGGCUUCCCAGGAAAGUGGGUACUACUGGCAGUCACCCGUGCAGAUGUGACGCAGACCAGGGAACUCCGCGAGUUCGGAUCCUAUCCAGUGGGCGAUACCUGCAGAUCAAUAAUGCUGACCUCAGCGAUACAGCAACCUAUAUGUGUGUGGCAAGUAAUAUCGCAGGAGAAACGACCAGGGAGUUCGUGCUGACAGUACAUGUGGCUCCUACAAUCCGAAGCAGUCCUCAGACUGCUGUUGUGCGUAUAAAUGCUUCUGCUGUCCUGGAGUGUGCUGCAGAAGGAGUACCAACCCCGAGAAUUACAUGGAGGAAGGAUGGGGCUAUUCUUACUGGAAACAAUACGAGAUAUUCCAUGUUAGACGAUGGGUCUCUACACAUCCACUCGGCACAUGUUACCGACACAGGAAGAUACGUGUGUAUGGCCACCAACUCAGCAGGCACUGAACGCAAACGAAUUGAUCUGCAGGUUCUUGGAGCUGUUGAAAUACCUGCGGCCCAGCUAGCACAUGCCGGGCGGUACAGCUGUGUGGCCCGGAACGCAGCCGGCGUGGCUCACAGACAGGCCACUCUUCACGUUCAGGAACCACCAGUUAUCCAAACUCAGCCAGGAAUGCUGGACGUCAUUGUGAACAAUCCCAUUCUGCUACCGUGUGAAGCAACGGGUACACCUCGUCCCAUAAUAGCGUGGCAAAAGGAGGGCAUCAAUGUAAUCACCACAGGCAACAGUUACAUGGUUCUUCCCAAUGGCAGUUUACAGAUUGCGAAAUCAGCUGUUGAAGAUGCUGGCACUUACAUGUGUGUUGCUCAAAAUCCAGCUGGCACUGCUCUGGGGAAGAUCAAACUGAAAGUUCAAGUUCCUCCUGUUAUUAAGUCCCACCUCAAGGAAUACGUUGUUCCUGUUGAUCAGUCCCUCACUCUGCAGUGCGAGGCUGAAGGCUACCCUGGGCCAGAGAUCAGUUGGCACAAAGACGGCCAGCAAAUAACGGAGUCCCUUCGGAGAAGAGUUCUCAGCAGCGGUGCGCUGCAGAUCGCGUUGGCCCAGCCGGGGGAUGCCGGCCGUUACACCUGCAUAGCAGCGAACCCGGCAGGGUCCAGCAGCUCCAGCGCGGAGCUCGCCGUGCUCGUUCCGCCCAGGAUUCGCAGUGCAGAGGAGCAGUACACAGUCACGGAGGACUCCCAGGCUGUUCUGUCCUGUGUGGCCGAGGGGAUUCCAACACCAACGAUCCACUGGAAGAAGGACAAUACGCUGCUAACGGAGAUAGCAGGAAAAUACCAGGCUGUGCCGGGUGGAGACCUCGUCUUGGACAAUGUUGUUCCUGCAGAUUCUGGCAGUUACACCUGUAUCGCUAACAACACUGCUGGAGAGGACACUCGCACAGUCACCCUCAUAGUUCAUGUUCUCCCAGCAUUUACUGAACUUCCGGGGGAUACAGCUUUGACUAAAGGAGAGCAGCUCAGGUUAACUUGCAAAGCAACUGGGAUACCUGUACCCAAAAUAACGUGGACCUUUAACAAUAACAUUGUUCCAGCACAAUACGAUGAUGUAAAUGGACACAGUGAGCUUGUGAUCGAAAGAGUAUCUAAAGAUGACUCUGGUACCUACGUGUGCACAGCAGAAAACGCAGUUGGCUCAAUCAAAGCUAUUGGGUUUGUCUAUGUCAAAGAACCUCCAGUCUUCAAAGGGGAUUAUCACUCUAGCCGAAUUGAGCCCUUGGGUGGCAACGCUAUGUUGAAUUGUGAAGUGAGAGGAGACCCACCUCCAACCAUCCAGUGGAGCAAAAGAGGAGUUGGUGUUCAGAUUGGCAACAGGAUCCGACAGCUGAACAACGGUUCUCUUGCGAUCUACGGCACUGUCAAUGAAGAUGCGGGUGACUACAAGUGUGUGGCUACCAACGAUGCUGGUGUGGUGGAACGCAGUCUGACACUAACGCUUCAGAGUCCUCCGGUCAUUACUGUUGAACCUGUAGAGACGGUUACUGAAGCUGGUGCCACAGCAAUGCUGAACUGCCAGGCACAUGGAGAGCCUCCUCCAACCGUCACGUGGUCCCGCCAAGGUCGUCCAGUUGUGAGCGACGAGAGGGUGACUGUCCUGUCCAAUGGCUCCUUGCGGAUUGUUGCAGCCCAGAAGGAAGAUACGUCUGAAUAUGAGUGUGUAGCGAGGAAUCUGAUGGGAUCUGUUCUUGUUAGAGUAUCACUGACUGUCCAGG